AUGGCUUUCCCUCAGGUGAUAGCCACUUUCCUCGCACUUUUCGACCUGAUCGGUCUUCCUGGUAACUUAAUUGUCCUAGUAACGAUCAUCUUGGAACCAAGAUUUCAUGUGAUGCGGUAUAUUUUACUUGCCAGUCUCGCUUUAUCGGACUUUUUGCUGUUAAUCCUCGUAAACUCAUUCCUCAUCGAAAGCAUAGCACAAGAAAAUUGGUUGUAUGGUCAAACAAUGUGCUAUCUCAACUCGUCCUUUGCAAGAUACUUCUUUAUCAACACUAUUCUUCAUUUGGUAGCAGUGUCUUAUGAUCGGUACCUAGCGAUAGUCAAGUCACCUUUGACGUAUGAUGGCAUCGCUACAAAGACGAGAGUGGUGUUUUUGGCUCUCAUCUGGAUAAUCCCUGUGAUUCCAGUUUCUUUCGGUCAAUUCCGUGGUAAUAUAAAAUACGUUUACAACCCAAAGGUGUUCUUCUGCGAGCAGCAAUGGGCUGUGCAGACUGGUUCCUCCACAAACAUGAUCGUGUCAUUCAUCGCGAUCCUUCUUGUACCACUCCUGAUCAUCGUGUUUCUAAACGUAUCUGUGUACAAAACAGUGAGAAGACAGAUUAAAGCCAUGAUUGAAGUCCAAGUAGGUGGCCCUGUUGAUACUGAAAGCCCUCAACAGCAAGAGAUCGCAUCCAGGCGACUAAGAGAUCGAAAGGCAGCUGUCGAUGUCGCAAUCAUUAUCACCGCGUUUUUUCUGUGCUUUCUCCCAGGCUCGAUUAGAGGUGUUAGUAGCCAGUUUGUCCCAGAAAUCGAUUUUCCACCCGAGGUAGUUUUUGUCACAAUGUGCAUUUUCUUCUUCAACACAAUAUGUAACCCAAUCAUCUAUUCCAUCCGUAAAAGAGAAUUCCGUAACGCGGUGAGGAAAAUGUUCAGAAUGGUCAGAGCUUGUCCAGAUUUAAACGGCAACGACAGCGUUUGA